AAUUAGCAAUGAGCGAAGUAGCGAAGUAAAUUUGCUGAACAACAACGUAGGGAGAUCAAAAUAGACGGAGACGGAAAUGGCCGCUUAAGUGGCGCACAUCCGGCGAAGCCCAUUCCCAACCGGAAGACGAGUACCCACCGAGUAGGAGAGCACAGAUAGGACAGCUCCUCUGACUCUGACCCAGCACUCAACCCAUUAGCCAGACCAAACAGAGUCCACAAGAUGGCCAUCCUGAGCUGGCUGGCCACGACCACCACCACGCAGCUGCCGCUAGCGACGACCACCAACUGGAGCCUGACCACGGCCGCGACGACAGCAGCGGCGGCCGCAGAGGCGGCCCAAAUAGAGGUAGACAAGUCGGGGGGCGUCAUCCACAAUCAGUUCGUGCAGAUUUUCUUCUACAUGCUGUACGCCACCGUCUUUGUCCUGGGAGUGUUCGGGAAUGUCCUGGUCUGUUAUGUGGUGCUGAGGAACCGGGCGAUGCAAACUGUCACCAACAUAUUCAUUACGAACCUGGCCCUGUCCGAUAUCCUUCUGUGCGUCCUGGGCGUGCCCUUUACGCCGCUGUACACGUUCAUGGGCCGCUGGGCCUUCGGGCGAACGCUCUGUCACCUGGUGUCCUUCGCGCAGGGCUGCAGCAUCUACAUAUCCACGCUGACUCUCACUUCCAUAGCCAUCGAUCGGUACUUCGUGAUCAUCUAUCCAUUCCACCCGCGCAUGAAGCUCUCCACCUGCAUCGGGAUCAUUGUGAGCAUCUGGGUGAUUGCACUGCUGGCCACGGUGCCCUAUGGCAUGUACGUGAAGAUGACUAACGAGGUGAUUAACGGCACCCAGAUGAGCGGGAACGACACCAGUGUGGAUGCGGCCAUGAUGUUCAAUGCGAGCUACGAUGUGACAGGGUUCAUUGAGGCGCCCGACGCAACCUCCGCCGCCCAAGCCUACAUGCAGGUGAUGACCUCGGGGGUGAGCACGGACCUGUCCUACACCCGGAUGGUCUGCGAGGAGAACUGGCCGUCGGAGGAGUAUCGCAAGGUGUUCGGGGCCAUCACCACCACGCUGCAGUUCGUGCUGCCGUUCUUCAUCAUCUCCAUCUGCUACGUGUGGAUCUCGGUGAAGCUGAACCAGCGGGCCAGGGCCAAGCCGGGCUCCAAGUCCUCGAGAAGGGAGGAGGCGGAUCGGGAUCGCAAGAAGCGAACCAACCGAAUGCUUAUCGCCAUGGUGGCUGUGUUCGGUCUCAGCUGGCUGCCCAUCAAUCUGGUCAACAUAUUCGACGACUUUGACGUCAAGUCCAACGAGUGGAGGUUCUACAUACUGUUCUUCUUCGUGGCCCACUCCAUUGCCAUGAGCUCGACCUGCUACAAUCCCUUCCUCUACGCCUGGCUCAACGAGAAUUUCCGCAAGGAGUUCAAGCACGUCCUGCCCUGCUUCAAUCCCUCCAACAACAACAUCAUCAACAUCACCCGCGGCUAUAACCGCAGCGAUCGCAACACCUGCGGCCCCCGUCUCCAUCAUGGCAACGGCGAGGGCGGGAUCGGCGGCAGUCGCGAUGCGGAGGAUCAGGACGACAACGGCAUCACCCAGGAGACCUGCCUGCCCAAGGAAAAGCUCCUGAUUAUACCUCGCGAGCCCACAUAUGGCAAUGGCACGGGUGCAGUGUCGCCCAUUCUCAGUGGACGCAGCAUCAACGCCGCCCUCGUCCAUGGCGGGGAGCACCACCAGCAGCAUCUCCAGCAGCCGCAGCAGGUGGAGCUGAUGAGGCGCGUCCGUCGGCGCACCGACGAGGAUGGAGACUACAUUGACUCUGGCGACGAGCAGACGGUGGAAGUGCGCUUCAGCGAGACGCCAUUCGUUAGCUCCGACAAUACCACGGGCAUCAGUAUCCUCGAGACGAGCGCGACCAGCUGCCGGGAGUCGGAUGUGAUGGUCGAGUUGGCCGAAGGAGGUGGAGGAGGAGAAAUCGGUACAAGAAUUAACUGAGAUAGGAUUUUCGAAACGCAUUUCUAGGCAUUUUCACGGAUGGAUUUUCAUUGAAUUGUGCUGGCAAUUCAAGCCAAAAAUAUGCAGGGAUUUGGCGGCUGAAUGCUGGAGAGUCCUAUUGUAAGUCAAACUCACGAAAUAAGAAGAAGAAAAGGAAGAAAAUGUGGAAAGAAAUGCUGAUAAAUGCCAAAUCAAGUGACAACGAUGCGUAAAAAGUGGGAAGGGAGGAUGGUCUAGCAAUUGGCUGAAACAGCUACACAAGUCGUUGAUAUAAAAUAUGUAUACAUAUGUUAAUGGGAGUGUGUGUGUGGUGGGUGUGUGGUUACGGAUGCAUGGAUGUGUGGGUGUGACUGGUCCUGGAGGCAGUGCUCGUUCUUUAUUCAGCUAUUUCUGCCGUUUUAUAUUGUGUUUUUUGGCCAUUCAAGUCGCGGGAAUUGCCGCGCCAUUUCGCCUAUAUAUGUCGUAUACUAGUCCUCGUACAAUGCCUUGAAGGAAGGGUGACUCCCAUCCGCAAUUCCCCCGAACGUUUGCUUUGGUCGGAUUCAAUUUGUACCUAACAAUUGUCGAACAUUUGUCGUUGUGGUCUUGGCAUUCGCCAGACGCAGGGAAUUAAAUUUCCUGUGCCGAUGUGCCAGUUUUUGGCUCAAUUGUGUGGAAAUAUGUCAACUUAAGCCCCUGCCCCUUCUUACCAGCUUUUGAUGGACCCGCAGCCUCAACAAUGGCAGCUGGAAAACCAGCUACGAAAAUAAUUUGCUCGACUUUUGAAGAGCGAAACAUUUCAACGGCUGAUGGAGCACAGCAAUGGAGCCAGAAAGCGGACGAGAAUACAUACAGAGAAACAUAUGUAAGCUGACAUUGAUGAGAUUUGGUCGGGCCAAAGCCAACCGAGCCAACUCGGAGAAUAUACUCGUAUUGAAGCUGGCUGACAGCUGGUUGCGGAUUCGCCUUCAGGCAUUGAAUCGAUAUUUAAUCUAAAAUUGUUUCCGACCAUGAAAUGGAGUUUAUUAAUGCCACAUCCGGCCUUGGACUGAAGCCUUUUAUAACUUUAAACUAUAAUUCUCUAUGCAGUGUUUUGUGCAUCCUCUAUUAUCGAUGCCUGUUUUUGUUCUCCAAGUUUCCCAUUCAAGUUUCCCCUGGAUGCUUGUUUUUCUUUCGGGGCCUGUCAUUUAUAGCCAAUAGUUGGGUGUGUGGUGUGUGUCUUUAUUUAAAUAAUUAACUCGGACUGCAGGCAGUCUUGCGCAUAAAAGU